GCCAGCUACCGGGGCCGCCCGUCAAACUCGCCGUUGGCCUGCCUUCUAUGCGAGGCACCCAUGGCAUCUAUAAGUACUCUCCUCGCCCAUAUGAAUCGGACCGAGAUUCCUCGGUAUCGUAAGAACCUCCGUGUUGCCUAUGGCGCCUGCACUCGUGAGGGCCAAGUUGACGUCGAGCCGAUGAGCAUCUGGGAAUGGCUGAUGCACGCCCGGGCCGUUCACAAUUAGGCUCUUCCUCACGUGGCGCCGUACCCUCUCUGCGGACAUCUCUGUACCCCAGGGCCUGUCCUCCGGAGACAUCUCGCCACCCGUCAUAGCGACAAGCUCGGAGAGCAAUCAGAGAGCGCCGCGCGCCUGGCUUCGGCAAUGCCGGCAGGAGAGAUGAAAGGCACCUAUGACUUUGAGGACCUACUCCGACAUGGCGUGGAAAAGCACCUGUUAGGACAGUCGGCGGCAGAUGUUGCGGGGCGAAAGCGCAAGAGGGACGGCGACAUGGACGGCGAGUACAUAGUGCCAGCCGCCAAGCGCACGAAGGGCGGCGGCAACGGAAAGUGUCCCGCUCCAGCUGCCAGGCGUACAGAGAGCGACGGCGACAGGGAGUGCCCGGCACCCGCCAAGCGUACGCGGGCCGCCAGGCACAACGUGGCGUACAAGAAGGAGCCUUCCCCCGUUCCGAUAUACGACGCUGAUAACGACCUGUGCGUAGACGUGAUCAUCUGCGCAUCGACUGUCGACGAGCAGCAACCGUGCCAUCUUACGAAAAAUCAUGUAGGCUCAAGUGCGGCCCUGGAUCUUGAUUUUCUGGGGCACGUUGACCCCGCCCUUCUCCCUCCGUGGCGGCCAGCCAAUGCCGCCCACCAUACUGCUGCGGUAUUUUCGGACCAUCAAACGUAAGAAGCGCUCAGGCGGCCGUGGCGACGACGUGGCCGCUGCCAUGGCUAAACGGGAGGACCUUGGGGUUCGGGUCUCAUAGCUGGACGACAGGACGGUCAUAAAACUAUGUAUACUCAUUUCAUAUUCAGAUGCCAACAUUGCCAACACACUGCCAUGUCUCCUGUGUCUUCAAUCGCCAGUGAGAUGUUCGGUUCACUGGAGAAAGUAGAAUUAUGGCGUUGGCUCGGUUUGGGAGGUAUGGUACAGUCGCGUGGAGUUUACAGUACGUUGGUUAGAUAAUGCAUUCAUCGGACGUGAUAGAGCAAAGCGACACAGAUGUAUAGUUGAACAAAAGUGCUUCAAAGUGG